AUGAGCGAUCGAAUCUCGCCCAUGGAACUGACUGAGGAGGACCCACUGGAUGUGUUCGUUCACAAAGGACCUGACGGCAAGAUCGGCCUCUACAGCCGCCAAAACCGCCGGCUCACGGCACUUCUGCUGUUCCAGGCGUGCCGCCGGGACGAGACCCAUCGAGCACGAUGCAUCGUGCGCAGUUCCACGGACGCCUACUGGAGUGGUCAGUGGAGGAAUGGGUACGACCACGGCACUGGUUUGUCGAUCCGCCCACGCCAGGCUCGAGCUGCUCGCGCCCAUCACCGCGGAACUCUGCUUUUUGGUGAUGGGGCGAGGUCGAUCGCGGCCCUGCGGCGGGCGAGCGGGCGACGACACCCUCGCUGCAGAGGCGACGACGUCCAUGCGGCCCUGGGGAUGCUGCUGGAACGCGCCCACGUCCGACCCUCUGAGGCCGCAGGAGACGAGGACACCUUGACGUUUGCAAGUGGUGGCGCUGCGCCUCCGGCAGCUGAGUGGAGGUCCAGUGCCGACCGCAGCAGCCGCGGCAAAGGCAAGGGCAAAGGCAGCAGCAAGGGCGCUAGGGGCGGGCGACGACCCGAGGAAUGCGCGCAAUGA